AUGGAUAACGCAAUGUCUAUGACACGGCCUCCUGUUACGCAGCUUCGGCCACUGCAUACUCAACAACAAUCGAUAGAGGCAUCUCAGCCAAUCAGCUGGACCAGCUCUGUCGAGCCAAGACCUGAUGAAGAAACCGCCAUCAAGGCAUUUGUGAAGCUUGUAUCUCAUCUUGUCGUUCUUGAUGAAGAGGAGAAUUUUUGUAUUCAAGAUACUAAGCGAGGUGGUUUUAUCUUGGCUCAGUAUUCGAGUUCUGAGAGAAACGAGCUUGGUAGCUUCCGUUUCGUUAAGCCUGAGAAUCAUCAAGAUAUUCCAUCUGAUUUCUCCUUUGGUGAAGGCAAGAUCCUUCAACUUCACUUUGAAGAACACGAAGUUCAACUCAAGACGGAUGCCAGUAUCAUCCCUGAGGCUGCCCUGGGGGCUCUUGGCUGCAUGUUAGAUGACAUUAUCACUGAGUUGCAUCGAGGGCAUCACGCAAGUCCUGAAUGGACUCAGUCGUCUGUCCUCAACUUUCCCCCACGAUCUGAACCCCUGUCCCUCUCUCUUGAAGAUGUGACUUCAAACGACAAUGGUGUGAAGAGUUCACUUCUGCACCGAUGUUUUGAGAGGCGUGCGGCAGAGGAACCUGAGAGCAUUGCUAUCGACUAUCUAACGGACCUCGAAAGUGGCAGUCGCGUGACUUUUACGUAUCGUCAGGUCGCAAACGUAGCGACAGCAUUGGCAGGCAAGGUUUUGAAGGCCUGUGAGGAGUCAACGCAGGCUCUCAAGACAGUCGCGGUGCUCAUCGGACCAUGUCCAGAACUCUACAUCUCGUAUCUGGCAGCUCUGAAGGCGGGAGUAGCCUUCUGUCCCAUCGCCGUGGAUGCGCCUAGAGAGAGGAAGGAGGCUUUGAUGGCAGACCUGAAGCCAUCUGCAUUGCUUACAACAACAUCCUUGCUGAAAUUAGAGUCGUCCUCUCUUAUCGAUUCCUCGUUAGAGACCAUCGACGUCACUCCCUUCCUCCAGGCUUGCGAUACUGAACCAGAGCAACAGCCAACACCUGCAACAAUGAGCGCGGACGACUUGGCCUACAUCUUGUACACAUCAGGAACAACUGGAUUGCCCAAAGGAGUAGCCGUCAGUCAUCUCUCGGCCUCAUGCACCAUCUCUGCCCUAAGCGCCCACUACGGUUUUCCCCAACCAUCUCCUACAUCCAAACCUGUCAGGUGGUUUCAAGGCGCUGCACCUACCUUUGACAUCUCCCUAUUCGAGAUCUUUUGGACUCUUAGUACUGGCUCAACGCUCUGCUGUGCGCCUCGAGAGUUCACUCUACAAAACAUCGACAAGGUUGUUACUACUUUGGAGGCUGAUAUCACCAACAUCACGCCUAGCUUCGCCAACUUGCUCGAUCCCUCAUCAAUCAGUGGGCUUAUGGUCGGUGGUGAGACCUUGAAUGCUCGGCUUCUCCAGAAAUUUGCUCCCUAUAACCCGACAGUGAAGGGGGAACCUGGCAAAGUACCCCGAGGCAUCUACAACGGAUACGGACCUACCGAGGCGGCUAUUUACUGUAUUGCGCAAGCUCAUGUGCCUGAAGGCCAGCGCGGAUCCGUCAUCGGAACACCGUUAGCAACUUGUGGCGUUCUUAUUGUUCAGCCCCUGCCAAUUCCUCAAACUGGCGAGAGCUUCAAGCCCCUCCCCAUGGGUGCAGUAGGCGAACUCGUCAUCACUGGACCUCAAGUUAGCAAGGUGGGCUACCUGAACCGCCCAGACGAAACAGCCGCGGCAUUCCGAGAUGACCCUCGAUGGGGCCACGUCUACAAGACUGGUGACAGGGCCAGAAUUGUCUGGGACAAGGGCGGCUCUCCCAUGGUCGAAUUCCUAGGCAGACUCUCUGAUGAUCAAGUCAAGCUCAGUGGACGACGUGUUGAGUUGGGUGAGAUUGAGAGUGUUCUGGCCAGCAAGGUCUCUGGUGUCAAGGAGACUCUAUCCUGCGUGUGGAAGCAGGGUGCAGAGGCAGGUUCAGAGAAGGUCGUGAGUCUGAUCGUCAUUGAUCCAAGUGAGAACUUCGAGACUGUACACCAGGAGUGCUUAAAGGCGUCUCAGCAUCAUCUUCCCGACUACAUGAGACCUUUCAAGAUUUUACAAGUUGACGCACUUCCGAGAUCUGCUUCUGGCAAGGCAGAUCGCAAAGCAGCUUUGGUACUGGUCAAUGAGAUGCUGAAUACUGACCUUGAUGACCAAGUGCCUACCCACCAUGACCUGUCUCAGAGCAUUGAGCCUCUAGCGGACCCCCAGGACGCUGAGCUUGAGCAGGAGCUCAUCUCAAUCGUGAACAAUGUUCUCAGCGACUCCUCAACAUCAGGCCCUGCCAUCACAGCAAAGACACUCCUCGUCGCAGCCGGCAUUGACAGUCUCCGUGCAAUGAGGAUCUUGCGAGACAUCAGGAAGCGAUGGCCAGCAUCCCGGAACCCUCAACUUGAGCCCUCACUGGCACUUCUCCUCGACAACAGCGCGACAAUCCGUUCGAUCUUUUUCCCUAGCAGUCAAGACAUUGAUGCUUCAGCCACGAAAGCUGGCAAGCAAGCCAUAACAAAGGCUCAACUUGAGGCAUUCUCCACGAAGCAUACAUCGGAGGUCCUGGACAAACUCAACCUCGCCAAGCCCGAAAUUGAGAUGAUUCUGCCCGCAACUAGCACCCAGAGUCAAUUGGCUGUGAGUUUUGCCAUGGACAAGCGCAAUUACAUCAGCCAUACCAUGCUCAGAAUCAAGCCAGAUGUCUCUGUACCAGCUCUCAGGGACGCCAUUGAGGUGACGAUGUCGAGACAGCCCAUCUAUCGAACGGCAAUGCUUCCCUGUGACGACGCUCUUUCCCCGUUCCUCCAAGUUGUUUUGACACCAGACGCAUGGCAGAGAUCAAGCGACAACUCUGAUCGGAUUGCUCUCAGGAGAGCCAGCGCUGAUAGUAUUUCUGGCGACGCACAAACCUGGCUAGACCUGGCGGAGGAGGAUCUCAGCCUCGAGUCGCAUAGACUGUACCAUGUACAGAUCAUUGAUCCCGAGGAGGCUGACACUAGUGCUCUUUUGAUCAUCAGCGCUGCUCACUGCAUCUGCGACGGUCCUUCACUUGAAGUGCUGAUGACAGACAUCACUCGCCAAUACGCCGGCCUUGAGCCACUUCCACGUCAAGGAAUCUAUGAUGCCAUUUUUGAAUGGGCAUCAAGUGUCAACCCAGAGACAGACCAACUGUGGCAGAAGGCUCUGGAAGGAUGGGAGACUGAGCCGCUUGGAGCCAUCAGCGGUAACAACGUCAAGCCGACUUCAACCAAGACUCGUCAACAUGCCAUGGUACAACACACCAGUCCGAUUCCUUGGCAGCUUCUCGAGGGUAAGAGCAGGGCACUGGGAGGCUCCCCGCUAACGAUUCUCCAAGCUUCUUGGGCCAUGCUUCUACACAUCCUCUCCGAGGCAGACACAGAUGACGUGACCUUUGGCAGCGUUCUUUCAGGUCACGAUGAAUUUGUCCACGGCCCAACAUUUUCUGUUGUGCCUUGUCGAGUUGGCUUGCCCGAAGUGCAGACUCUCAAAGAGCUCGUCAGCAGCCUGAUGGACCAUUCCAGAUUUGCCCAGAGUCACAGGCAUACAUCCUUUGGCGUCUUCAAGACACUCCCAUACAACACUGCACUGGCCUUGCAAGCAUACCCCCAACCCGAAGAUGAUGGAUCAGACAAGGCACCUUUGCUCUGGACUGAGAUCUCAAAUCCGGCUAUACGUUACGACUUUGCCAUGUUUGCGGAGGUCUUCCCCACGAACCCGAACUCGCCUGACAAGAAUGGAAGAUUCGAUGAUGUCGUGUUCAAGUUGACGUAUCGCGACGAGACAUUCUCAGACACUUCUGCAACAUGCAUCAUCAAGCAGUUUGCGGCACUCACCGAGACUAUCCUGGCGUCACUACCUGACAACCUGGUACAGAGUCUCCCUGCGCGCAUUGACAGAGACCUAUUGUCUGCUGAGGGGACGAUCCCCGUGGUAGAAGAAGGCUUGGACGACGCAAAUAGAGAAACUCGCGACAGAGCUCAACUUCUGCAUGCUCAGUUCGAGGAUCAAGCUGCAUCGACACCCGAUCUUCUUGCACUGAGCUUCUACUCUUCACUCGACACCGCUCCCGUCGAGAUGAGCUACGCAGAGCUUGAUGCUAGAGCCAACGGUCUGGCGAACAUAUUGCGCGAGCAAGACAUUGACAUCAUUCCCAUCUGCAUGGAACGCAGUAUCGAGCUCUAUGUAGCUGUCCUGGCCAUUCUAAAGGCUGGGUCUGCAUGGUGUCCUAUUGACACAACGUCUCCAGUACAACGUCGAACGUCUCUCAUCGCUCGAGCGCAGAGCAAAGUGCUGCUUACGACUAGCGAGUCAUUACCUCUGGUGGAGCCUUGCCUCGCUCAAGACGCACUUAAAGACGUUCAAGUCAUCCUUGUUGAUAAGUACAACGACCACCAGACAUCGGUCCGUGCUAGACCACGUGAAAGCGUUGCUAAGAUCACUGGACAAGAUUUGGCAUAUCUUCUAUGGACUUCCGGGACCACAGGUGAGCCCAAGGGUGUCAUGAUUCAGCACAGCGCUGCUACCCAAGCGAUGCGCGACCUGCAAGUCCUCGUCGAGCACGACGAUCGUGAGCAGGUUCGCACCUUGCAACUCUCCGCUUACAGCUUCGAUGUCUUUGUACAAGAUCUGUUCUAUACCUGGGGCUUGGCGGGAAGUGUCAUCAGCGGUACAAGAGAGCUAGUCUUGGGCACAUUCACCGAGUUCAUCUGGAAGUCUCGCCCAACUCACGCUCAUCUGACACCUUCGUUUGGAGCCAGUAUUGCAGUUCAGGAACUCAAGGGUUCAACUCUUCAAUACGUCACGUUUAUUGGCGAAAAGCUGACUGAAGACGUCGCCGAGGCUUGGGCGCAUCCCGAUAUCACGACUCGCGCAUACAACACGUAUGGGCCAGCUGAGAACGCUGUCGUCUCUACGAUGCGACAGUUCUUUGGCAAGAGUCGAGACACGGCUAAAGCUGCCAAUGUUGGCUUUCCUCUGGAUCACUGCACGGCCUACGCUGUUCGCGAGGUUGACAACUCACAAGGCACCAAGCGAUGGGAGCUUGUUCCUCGGUACGGAGUUGGUGAGCUUGCUCUGGGCGGUGCACAAGUCGGCAAAGGCUACCUAGCAAACGAAGUCAAGACUACCAAAGCAUUCAUCCAGGGCGGUCCAGGCAUCGACGAGCGCAUCUAUCUCACUGGAGAUCUCGUGCGAUUGAACGACCAUGGCUUUGAGUUCCUGGGUCGAAACGACGAUCUCGUCAAGAUCACUGGCAUUCGUAUUGAACUCAGUGAGAUCAGCGCAGCGUGCGCAAGCUUGAAGGAUGACGACGCUGCGGUUGAACACGUCGAGACACUGUAUCUCCAGCGUCCAGGUGCACCCGCUGGCAAUAACAACAAAGUCGUCGUCACGUUUGUCUCGGUCAAGACUGGUGAUGUUGACACUGCAAAGAUCAGAUCCCAGGUGUUCAAGAGGGCCAAAGAUCUCUUACCUGCUUACAUGGUGCCUGGCCACGUUGUUGUUCUGGAUACGACCAUGCCGAGGACUGCCUCUAACAAGGUUGAUCGCAAGGCGCUGCAGGCUAUUUACGCGGAGUCGGAUCUCAAUGUGUUGGCUGGUAAAGAUGACUCGGCACAGUCUCAAGGACAGAGUCACCAAGCCAAGCAGCAGUGGACGAAGGAUCAGCUUUCCAUUCUCCAGACAAUCGCCGGACACUUCAACAUCCCAAUGGAGAACCUCUCCUCGGAUGACAGUUUGGCGGGGCUUGGUCUCAGCUCACUGCAAGUUACGAAGCUUGCUUGGCUUCUGAGGCGAGAGCUCAAGUGCCAAGUUGGAGUCCUGGAUCUCAUGAGAUGUGAGUCUCUGGGAGAGCUGGUCGAUGUCACGCUUAGUCGGAUGCCAAAGAAGGCCGAGGAAGUUGAGCUACCAGCCCAAACAGGCGACACAGAAACAUCAUGGCUUGCAUCUAUCAAGAAGGCACUUACUGAUAACAUCAAGGGUGGCAUGCGACCCUCCGAUACGCAGUACAUCCUACCCGCGACACCCAUGCAAGAGUCCCUGAUCGUCGAGACUAUGCUCGAGCCACAAGCUUACUGGGCCCAUCGCGUGUUUGAUCUCAGCCACUUAGACGACGUCGAUGAACGCCAGUUGAAGAGAGCUUGGACUGCUGCAGCCAAGCGCUUCGACAUCCUCCGAACUGUCUUUGUCCCCUUGACACAACUCGACGUAGAUGGCACCGACAACACAGUGUCUUGGGCUCGUGAGAAGGGUGUUCACUCUACGAUUCUCCAGUUGAUUCGAGAAACGCCAAGUUUGCACUGGUCCCAGAUUCGAUCUGAGGAAGAUCAAAGCCUCAGUGAACUGGCUAAGAAGUUGCAGCUUGAGUUGUCUCCAACAACCAUCAUUGAGGCACCGUGGGCUGUCACUUUUGUCGAAAACACCAAGACGAUGAUGCUCAGUAUGCACCACGCCCUCUACGAUGCAGUGGCAUCUGAUGUCUUCCUGGAGACUGUCACGAGCUUGUAUCACAUGGAGUCUGUCGGAGAUGUAGGCGGAGUUGUGCAGUUUGAGACUGGUCUCGGCCUAGGCCUGUUGCCGACUCCAUCCAAGAGAGAUGAAGCAGCUGCGCUAUGGAGUCGUCGACUGGAUGAGAUCAGCAGGACAGCCUCUAGAGACACGUUGAAUGCGCCUUUCCCUAACCUCACUCAAUCUCGACAAAAACAGGUUCAAAAGAUUCUGAUGUCGAGGAAAGACAUUCCUGCUCCAUUCCUCCAAUCUACUUCGGCAGUUGCACUUACAACACUACUUCAAUCCGCCUUUGGUUGCGUUCUCGCCUCAUACCUCGAACUCGAUGCCGUCGUACUCGGUCACACUAUCUCACAGAGAGUCAUUCACCCAGAUCUCGCACGAGUUGUUGGUCCCGCAAUAGCCACGCUGCCUCUCAUUGUUCGCUCCAAUGCUGCUUCAUCCGAGGAACUCUGGAAGGAGAUGGCUACCGAGUCAGCACAGAUGUUUCAGAGCACACACAACCUCCAUCCCGUGGAUGUCAAGAAGAUGCUCAAUCGAGGAAGCGGGAGCAGCAAUGCUCCAUUCCCGGGUCUUUUUGUCUAUCAUCCCGCAUCAGAUGAAAACCAAGGUGAAGCUAGUCAGUCCAUGUUCAAGGAGAUUGGACAGGCAUUGUCGCUCAACGUUGAGCAUCCACUUGCUUUGAACAUCUUUGAGGCCAAUGGAACUAUCGAGCUCACUGGAGAUGGACGUCGUAUUUCUCAGGCACAGUUGGACCUUUUGCUCAACCAGAUCCUUGCCCAAGCGCAACUCAUGACCAGGGCCCCCAAGACUCCUUUGACUCAGCUCCAGAACAGAAUGAGUAAGAGUCUUCUGUCCAUCAGUGGUGAAAUUUCCAGCCAAGAGACCGAAGCUGUCAAUCCAACUCGAGACGUUUCCUCCCACGCAUCGGAGCGUCCAGAUUGGAUCGCCGUUGAGGAAGUCGUGUUUCAACCUUCGGAUGAUGACGAGGAGAUUACUUCCAAGACCAUUACCUAUGCCCAGCUCGAGAAACUCACCAAUGCCAUCGCUACGAAAAUAAUCCAGCAUGAGGCUCGUCUACAGCCUGAUGAUCCUGUAGCUAUGUGCCUUGGUAGAGAUAUCAAGUCAUUGGCAGUCACCCUGGCCAUUUUCCGUGGUGGAUUCGUGUAUCUUCCCGUAGAUGAGGAUCUUCCACCAGCUCGCAAACAGCUCCUCAUUCGAGAUGCGGGUGCUAAGCUGGUGAUCACAACCGAAGAACUUGUCGGUGACUUGGGACUAGACGAUGCCAAUGACCCUCCUCUACUGCUUCUUCCUGACACGAAUGAUGACAUCGAUGUCAUACUUUCGUGGCCUGUAUCUGAGAUCCCACCAUCGACCGGCAUUGGCGGUUAUCUCCUCUACACCUCUGGCUCUACUGGCCGUCCCAAGGGUGUCCGAGUUUCCAACAGCAAUCUCUGCCACUUCAUCUCUGCAUUCAGCACCCGAUUGAUUGAACACUCGCCCGCUACCGCAAGACUCGGCGGUGUUGGGAAGUACCUCAACCUGACUUCCCGCGCCUUCGAUCCUCAUCUGACACAGCUUUUCGUGCCCUGGCAUCUUGGUCAUCGGGUCGUCAUCGGAAAGGACCGCACGGCUAUGAUGGCGAAUCUGAAGGAGCUAAUCAACGAGUUGAAUGUCACACAUUUCGGAUCUGUUCCGUCGGUGCUGAGCCAAUUGAGGCUACGACCAGAGGAUGUUCCAUCUGUGAGAGUAGUAACGACUGGUGGAGAGAAGGCCUCGAAUGAGCUUUUGAACACGUGGGCCCAGAGGCAAGGCUCAGAUGCGGCAGACGAUCGAGCUGUUCUCUUCAACUUCUACGGCCCUACAGAAGUCACUAUCGGAUGUUUAGGACAUUCUGUGCAUCAAGACUCCAACGCUCGCAACCUUGGACUUCCAUUACAAGGUCUUGAAGCUCUACUUCUAUGUCCCAAUAGUGAUGGCGACAGUCUUAUCAUUGCUAGAAGAGGCCAACCAGGUGAACUCUGCAUCGCUGGUCCUCAAGUGGCAAUGGGCUAUCUCAACCGUCCUGUCGAACAAGCCAAGAGCUUCCAGACUAUUUCUCUCCCCGAUGGCAGCAGCAAGAGAGUCUAUCGAACAGGUGAUAUGAUGAGGAUGAUGAACGACGGCUCACUCGAGUUCCUUGGCAGAGCUGAUCAGCAAACCAAGAUUCGCGGACAGCGGCUUGAGCUGGAUGAGGUCGUUGGCUUCCUGAAGCAAGUUGCAGGUGACAAGGGUGACUUUGACUUUGCAGCGACGGUUGCUUCCACGGGAGAUGAUAGCUCAAACCAGCAACAACAGCUGCUGGGCUUCAUCGCUAGGAAGACCGGUAGUCCCAAGGGUCAGGCUGAACAGGAGGUUGAGCUACUUGAGGUCCAAGACGAGGAGUCAACUUCACUACUCGAGAUGAUUGAACACGAGUGUCAAGACAAACUCCCUGCUUUCAUGGUACCGACACUGGUUUGGGUUUCCAAGAUCCCAUACCUCGCCGCUUCUGGCAAAGUUGACACCAAGAUCUUGGCGCGUUUGGCAAAGGACUUCCUAGCCACUCAGCUAGAUCACGACGGAGAUGACACCAACUCGGGAGGCGUGCUUGGAUCAAAGACCAGCUUGAGUGCAAAGGAGUUGGGUGUGGUUGCGGCUAUAGAAGAGGCCGUCGGUGGCAGCGUCAAGGCAUCGAGCACCAGCAGCAUCCAACGUCUUGGUAUCGACAGUCUUUCGGCAGUGAACUUGGUCUCUCUUCUGAGAAAACGUGGCUUUUCUCAGUUGAAGAUGACUCAUCUCCUCUCUUCAUCGUGCACAGUUGCAGAUAUUGCAAGACUUGCUGAUGACCCCGACAGCGGUAGUCCAACUAACAGCACGCCUUUGUCGACGCCCCCAUCGACGGACGAUCGACAGACCCCGACUCUGAGCGUGUCAGACCUCGGCCCCCUUCCAGAAGGCCUUGAUGCAUCCAACAUCGAAGCUGUCCUUCCUUGUCUCCCUCUCCAGUCUGCUCUCAUCGCGCGCUCUCUCGUUUGGCUCAGUGCCUUCAACGAAAGAGAGAACGCCGAGGGACAUGAUGUUCCAUACGUAGCACAGUUCAGCUACCGUCUCAGUCGUGGCACAGACAUCAACAGAUGGAAGAAAACAGCUGAAGAGGUCAUUGCCUCGGAAGCAAUGCUCCGAACCUGCUUCCUUCAACGCGAAGAUGAUGGCCAGAUCUUCCAGGUCGUUCUUCGGUCGUUGCCAUCUUCUCCUCUUGGUGAUCAUGGUCAUCCAGCCGAUAUCGUGUCUCAGAUGAAUGCACGACCUCCUAUCCGACUACAAGUUUCCGACAUCGAAGGAGAUGAAGCCAUCGUGUCACUCAACAUCCACCACGCAUUAUUCGACGGUGCUGCUAUUGACGCGCUCAAGAACAAGCUUGAAGUGGCCUACAACAGCCAGACGUCAGCAGUUACUGCAGCCAACAGCUUAGCAACCUUGUCCACCAUUUCGAAUCACUGCAACCUAUCGAAUGAGCAACUCGACGCUACAAGACGGUCGUGGCAACAACAAUUGCAGGGUGUUCAACCAUGUCGCGUUGGAGCCAUUGACGACAAUAACACGAGCGGUACCAUGGCUCGUCAGACUCUUUGUCUUGGGUACACGACUUCUGAGCUCAACGCCAGACUCAAAGCUCACUCCCCAGGAUCUGGAGAAACAGUAUCGGCAUCAUCUGCAUUCCAGUUGGCUGUCGCUAUAUGCCUCGCCCAACUCACCAAGCAGCCAUCUGUUGUCUAUGGAUUCAUCAUGUCACUCCGGCCAUUAUUAGAUGGCGUUGCGAACGAUGUUGACAGCUUUAUCGGCCCAUGUCUCAAUACUAUCAUUCGAGCCGCCGCCAUCAACAGUCUCGAUGAGACUCUGCCCCAGCUGGCUCAACGUGUUCACAAGUCUCACCUUGAUGUCUGCCAAGGUGCUAUGCCACUCGUCAGCGUCGAUAAAGUACAGCGCUGGUCUGGAUCGGAGGACAAGCUUUUCGACAGUCUCUUGAGUAUCAACAUCGUGUCUGCCGACGAACUCAGUGACGCCAAACCAGGACAAAUGACCGCUUUACCUACUCGUAGCAGUAGCGACAUGGCUUUAGCGUUUGAUGUGGAUCUUCACGCUGAUGGAAAAAUCAUGUUGACGCUUUCUUCUGCUGGAGCAUUGAAUGUGGAGCAGCUUCAUGAUAUCGGCCAACUGUUUGAGAAGGUUGUGUACAGCUGCGCUGACAAGACCGUCAGAGUGUCGGAUGUUGUUACUUCACCUCUCACUGCAAAGGCUGUACCAGUCCAAGUCUCCAACGGCCCUCGAAGCGAUAGCACCUCGGCAGAUGCACCAAGUUACAACAAGGCACUCGCUGACACCCAAGCUAUCCUGAGUCACUUCGUCCAUCUCAAUCCAUCUGAGCUGUCAUCCAAGCCCGACUCGACGUCACUGUACCAGCUUGGUCUUGACUCCAUCACCGUUCUCCCAUUUAUCAAGUCGAUCAACAAGUCGCACAAGACCAAGUUGUCUGCGCACGCCGUGAUCAAGGCACGAACCAUCAAAGGCGUCGCACAGCUUUUGCAGGAUGCAAAGGCCAAGUCUCCUUCCGUUGACAGUGCUAAGUCUCAUUCUAGCAGUGACCAUCUCAGUAGCAAGUUGAGUGAGACUGAGCUCUAUGACAGGAAUCUUGAGCGUCUAGCCAAGAGUCUCAUGUUCAUUGCAACGCCGCUCCAAGAAGGCAUGCUCAGUGCAUCUCUGACCACUGAUAGUGAUGCAUACACGUAUAUUCAUGCCAUCCAACUUUCUGACUAUGCUCUUGCACAUGACACACCCAGUCUUGACAAGUUUUUCGCUGCUGUGAAAGACACCGUUCAAGCUUGUGAGAUCCUCAGGACCCGAUUCAUUUUCACUGAUGAUGAUGAGACGCCGUGGGUUGGUAUUGUAUCUCCCACUGAGCAAAGCGACCGCGUCAGCUGGGAGGUUCAACCAACAGUUCCUGGAAGAUUGUAUUUGCGAAUCCAUCAUGCCCUCUAUGAUGCAACAUCUAUCAAGUCUGUCUGGAGUAUUCUCCAAGAAUACUACCGUCGACGCCUCAACAAUGACCUCUCUAAUGGCGUCGACGAGCCCAAGCAUCUGUACAGACCGUUUGCAAGGACUGUCGCCUGUUCGCAAAGGGCUUCAAUUGGCUACUGGACAGACUCCAUUCGCGACUAUACGUAUACGCCCCUCGACCUCCCCAGUGAUGAUCUCAAAGCAUCAUCUACAGUCCAUUUCGGCUUGGACACGAGUGAACUGUCGCUUCUCCAGUCGAAAUGCCGGGAUCUCGGCGUGACCAUCAAAGCAGCACUUCAGUUGUCCUGGAUCAAGGUCUUGUGCGAGUCCCUUUACAGACAAGCUGACGUCGUGUAUGGAGAAGUUGUUUCGACGGAUGCCGAUGAUGAUAUUGCCAUCGUUGGCCCUGCGAUCAACACGUUGCCCUUGAGAGUGAAACUAGGUCACCCUAACCGUUGCAUCAAUGUGUCACAAGCCUUGGCGCUUGUACAGAAACAGAUCGACGGUGCAAGAGGCACCAAUUCAAUGGCUUCACUGAGAAAGAUCCAGACGCUCUGGAGAUCAGGACAUGAGAGGGCAGAUGCACCAGCAGCCCUCUUCCAGAGUCUCUUCGUAUUUGACGGAGUUCUUGGCUCUUCAUAUACCAGCGAUGACUCGGAGAAGCUUUUCAGGUCUGUGCAGGCUGAAGCCGCUGACGCGACUGGGCCAGCCUAUGAUGAUUACCCUCUCAUCGUGAGCUUCCAUAUCAGGAAUAAUAUUCUCAACGGGAAGCUGAGGGCCAAGUUACCCCAAGAGCAGGUUGACUCACUGGGUCAGAGCCUGAAUGCAGCUUUGGACCACAUUCUUCAUGGACUUGACGUGCCUGUUGUUGACACCAAGUACCUUAACCCAGUCAACAAUACGCCGCCUCCAGAGACCAAGAGCGAUCCGACGGAACCUGAUAUGAAUGGCUUGACUCCAACAGCCGAUGCAGCAAUGAAGCUUGUAGAUACGGUUUUAGGAACAAGGCGAGGUGGAAAGAAGAUCGGUUACAGCACAAGACUUAUCAGCGUCGGCAUGGACUCGAUCUUGGCCAUCCGACUAUCGAAGCUUCUGAAGCAGCAACUUAGACUCAGUGUCAGCGUUUUUGAGAUCAUGAAGGGUGCUAGCGUUCGCGACAUCUUCACACGCCCAGCAUCUUCGCGCAAGCCAACGAGAAACGGCACCCAGCAUCAACCGGAGCCUCUUCGAGAAGGUUUGAAGUCGGCGAUAUCCAAGACCCUUAGACAGCCAGAACAUCUGAUCAAGUCUAUCAUUCCUGCUUUACCUGGUCAGCGUUCUCACCUUGAGCUUUGGUUGCACAACGGGAAGAGAUUCUUUGAGGCCCCAUGGGCUUACAGACUUCCCGACACUUUCGACCAGGAACAACUUGCGGCCUGCUGGUCUGAGCUUGUCAAAGCUCACGAUGUCCUUCGAACUACCUUUGCAACUGGAACGACCUCUAUGGAGCUGUACCAAGUCACUCUGUCAGAGGAUUGGUCAGCCCGGUCGCGCUUCAUAGCCCUGGAAGACGCAUCAAAGACUGUCGAGGAGUUGAUCGCGGAGCAUGUGAGCCAGGAAAAUUCCAAGGCAUCAGACUUGAAGGAGCCUCCAGUCCGCCUCUCUUUCUUAGAAGCUGCAGAUGGUAAAGCGAUUGUCUUGAGACUCCAUCAUGCACUUUAUGACGCAUGGAGUAUCAAGAUGUUUGAACAGGACCUUGACGAUCUUCUCAACGGGGGUAAGAUCCAAGAGGCUCGCCAGUCACUGGAGCAAGUGGUCCAAAGUAUCAGAGGAAUCAGACAACCAGACGCCGAGGAAGCAUACUGGAGGCGUCAUCUUUCCGGUGCUCAAGAAACAGUAUUAGGUCACAACGCUGAGCAUACUGUUCUAUCAGCGCAUGGCCCGCAGUUCAAGACGAGCUCCAACAUUGCCCCUCAGAAUAGCACCAAAUCACUGUUGCAGAAGAGUAGCUCAGAGGUCUCUGCAGCUCUCAUUCUCUCCUACGCAAGGACAUUGCGGCACUUCACUCAACAAACCAGGCCUACCUUUGGUCUCAACCAUGCUUCUCGAUCUCUUUCGUCACCUGAUGGGAUGCAAACCCUUGAUCUGACCGCUGCGAGUAUCCCAACUCUUUCUGUGACGCCAUUCACUAUUGACUUGGAGUCGUCGGCUAAAGACCUACUCGGCUUCAUCCAGGACCAUCUCGCGCAACUCAAUUGCUUCAGCCAGGCAGAUGGUCUUCGGAAGCUGGGUCCCAAGUUCAAUUCGCACUUGAACAUCAUCCACCGCCACGAUCAUGCAGCAUCUCAGAACGGGAGCUCCACGGACAGGCCGAAAGCUUUGGAGAGGUAUAGGCUCCCUGAGACACUCGCCUCUGAAUACUUCACCGCUACAAAGCCGUCAUCUACGGUCUCUACCAUUGAUGCACUUGACACGGCCUAUUUGUCCAAUCAUAAUUUCUUUUUCAAUGUGAUUAUGGGCGACAAUGGUAAUCUUACUGUGUCUGCGAGUGGCGAUGAAUCACUGUUUGAUGGAGACUGCACUAAGGUUGCUCCUUUGGUGGAUUAUUUUCUUGCUGAGCUCUCCAAAGUUUCAGCGCGCGAGGGUUGA